GGAAAGUGAAGGUGGGGGGCCAUGGCCAAGCACUGUCUUAUAAGGAGUUUUGAAUUGUUGGUCGCCGGGGCCUCAGGUCAGCCCCGCCAUGUCCCGCAAGCUUGUCAAGUUCUUGAUCCUCUUCGACAAUAGCAGCCUACUCUACUUCCCGGGACAAUUCCUCAGCGGUAGGGUAUUGGUCGAACUUAAGGACGACACCCCAGCUCUUGGUCUGCAUUUCCACGUUGUUGGAGAAGGUGUUGUACGACUGAGAAAACAUGGGCAUGAUAGAAUAUAUGACAAAGAAAACUAUAUUGAUUUUCGGAUGAGGCUUCUCGGCGAACCUGGUCAAGGUCCAGUACUCUUGUCUCCAGGAAUCCACAGUUUUCCAUUUAAACUGGGACUUCCAUUGGGUCUACCAUCAACUUUUCUUGGUAAACAUGGUUGGGUUCAAUACUUCUGUAAGGCCGCCCUCAGAGAGCCAAAUGGCCUCACACACAAGAAUCAGCAAGUUUUUAUAGUUAUGAACCCAAUUGAUUUAAACCUUGAACAACCUUCCAUAGCGCAACCCUUUCAGUGUGAAAUAGAGCAUAAUUUGGGUGUGAACUGUGUAAGCUCUGGUGUAGUCAUAUGCAGUGUUUCAUUGGACCGAGGAGGCUAUGUACCUGGUGAAACAGUGGGCAUUUCGGCUCUUAUUCAAAACCGCAGCAAAAUUACAAUUAAAGAAACUAAAGCUUCACUAACUGAGACAAUUCAAUACUUAGUCAGAAAUCGAGUUGUGCAGUCUGAAACUCGAGAACUUGUUGCACUGACAAGAGGAAAAAUUAGACCAGGAGCAAAUGAUGAAUGGAAUAAUGAACAAAUUUAUGUUCCUCCCCUGCCACCAACAAAUUUGAGGGGGUGCCAUUUAAUUAGGGUCCAGUAUGAUGUAUAUUUUAUUAUACAACCAAAAAGUUUUGAAAAGGAAGUCAAAUUGCAGUUACCAAUUACAUUGGCAACAUAUCCUCUCCGUGGCAAUGAAGGAACACUUAGGGGAAAACAUGGAACACAUUACCCGUCAACACUUCCUAUUUUUAGGCCUUGGCUUGAAGAAAAGACAGUUUAAUCUAACCUAAGAUUUAUUUUAAAAUUUCUUUCUCCUAUGGUUACUUCCAGAUUUGCAUUAGUUACUAUUUUAUUUUCUCAUUAUCUAUUAUAUUCAAUGUAAGUGAACCCUAUUUGAUAGUUGGAGGAGUGUCCAGAAACCACUUCACAACUUAUUUAACAAAUAUUGGAUGGAUUGAUCUUUUGUAUUAUUUAUGUAAUGUAUUGUAAAAAAAUAAACUCAAAUGUAAUUUAAAUUCUUUAAAGUAUUAAUGUAGAAAAUAUGUUAGCAGUUAGUCUAGCCUAGAAACUCUUAUAACACAUAAGUAUUAUUAUAUAAACAUUUUCAUGAAUCUUGCUUGCUGAGCUUUUAUUUAUUUAGAUGAAAAUGAUAUUAAAGAGCUAAUAAAAUAUUGACAAUAAUAUCAUUUGAAUACCAUAAAAGUACACUGACCGUAUAUGUAAAAAAGCUUAGAGAUGGAAAAAAAUUGAUUAAAAAUGUUAAAACUUUCAAAAACAUUUCAAAUAAUGUUUUAAUUUUUUUAAAUAUCAUCGUUAAAUCCUUUUUUUAAGUUUGAAACAUCUAAAGGCUGAUUAUUUUAAAUUAAAGCUAGUUAUUAAGUGUUAUUAAUAGUUAUAUAAAAUUGUAUUACUUUAUUAUGGAAAACUUACUCAAUGUUGUAGUAAGUUUUUACUCUAUUAAUGGCUUAAAGUCAAACAUAGGACUUCUUAAACUUUUAUUAAUAUCAAAUUAUAAAAGGAUUGAUUUUAUUUUCAUAUGUUUAUGCUUUAGCUUAGGUUAAAUAUUGUCAUAAUACUUUAAUUUAAAUAAGCUCACAUGUUAAAGCUUACUUUUAUACUCAUAUCUUAUUUGAGAUGUUUUUAAAAAUAUAGUUGUUAUAUUAGGCUUUUUUGAUUUCAGAAUAGUAUACCUAAUUUUACAUUAAAUGUAUUAGUAAAUUACAAUUAUUAAUUUAAAAUUGUAUUUUCUAUUUAUUAAUUUUUCUACGACCUUGUCUUAAACAUAUUGAGUUGAGAAAUGUUUCCAAUUUAUGUAAUAAACUUAAAAAUAAUAAAUUUAUAUUAAAGAACAUAUUAAUUGAACAAAUAAACUUUUAAUGUUUGUAGUGCCAUAAAUAGAGAGAGAAGUAGGCAAUUAUUUAUAAACUAAAAGAAAAAGUGUACAUAAAAAAAUAUAUAUUAUAAGUAAUCAAUCAUAAAUAAAUUGUUCAUUUGGAAAAUCAAUUAACACUGAUUGCUCUAUAAAUUACCUAAUAUAAAAAAAAUAAUUUUAAUUUUUCAAAAAAAAAAACAUUAAUCAUGAGUACUUACAUAUAUUUCUAAAUCUACCUACAUAUAUCCAAGGAUAGUAUUUUAUGUUUAUUCAAAUUUAUAUAUUGACUGUAUUUUGAUUCAACUGGAAUUCAUUUUCCUACCUAAAUGACUUCUUAUGCCCUAAUAAAUCCAUAAUUACAUGUUUAUGAAAACAAUGGAGAUUAAUGAUAUUUUAUUAAUUAAUUCUUAAUAGAAUUAUAAAACUCAGAAGUGUCUUCAGCGUCCUACAUACAUCUUAUUGUUUUUCUUUUAAAAUCUCAAUUUAAUCGUCAUAUUGAUUGUUUUCAAAACAAUCAAACAUUUAUGACAAGAAAAAAAAAAUCAAAGUGAAACUCCAUUGUUUUUAUAACAAAAAUACUUGUAUAUUUGUAAAAAUUAAUUUUAUUUUAUGUUAUUUAAAUUUAUUAUUAUUUUAUGAAUAAUAGUUCAUGAUUGAAAUUAAACUUUUUAAAAAUA